UGUGACGUAAGUGAACGACGGUUCCACCCGUGGUCCGUGGUCCGUGGUCCUCUUUUAUCUCUUCAGAUCCUCGGUGAAAACGAAAUCUCCCGGGUAUCAUGCUAGUCACACUGCCUGUUUGAGAUUGAGCUUCCUACGUCAUCUCUACUAUCGCUCUCGAUGAUAAGAAUUGCUUUUUGUCAACGAAAUUCUGUGAGCGACCACUACCACGACCACGAUCACUCUCCAUUUUCAAUCGUCAAACUGAUGGUUACGACGCGACGUCUGCUGGAAGCUCUGGCUUUCGUAAGAAAUCAAUGAUGUGUCCAGGUCAUAUUUCUCGCCGAGAAAUGGUAGUUGAAAGUGGCAAUGUUGCCAGUAUAAGAAGGACCAUUUGCAUCCAUAGUUGUGCACGUGUCAUUAUACAUAUGCGUGAAGGAAAUUAUAAAUUAUAGUUUCAAUGGAAAAGGACAGCGUGAAAAAAGUUCCAGAUCAAUUUAAACUUCUUCCAAAAAUUAUAAAUGGCGGGAUCGCAGGUAUCAUCGGUGUCUCUGUGGUAUUCCCACUGGACUUGGUUAAAACACGAUUACAGAAUCAAGUUAUUGGCCCUAGUGGCGAACGAAUGUACAAAUCAAUGUUUGACUGCUUUAAGAAGACUUACAUUGCUGAAGGCUACUUUGGCAUGUAUAAAGGAUCUGGUGUGAACAUUCUUUUAAUCACACCAGAAAAGGCAAUCAAACUCACUGCCAACGAUACAUUUCGUUAUUACUUAUCUACAGGGCCUGGACAGAAACUGCCACUAGAACGUGAAAUGCUUGCCGGUGGAUUAGCUGGAGCAUGUCAAAUUAUCGUCACAACACCGAUGGAACUACUGAAAAUCCAAAUGCAAGAUGCUGGACGAGUAGCGGCAGCGGCAAAGGAAGCUGGGAAAGUUGUACCAAAGGUGUCGGCUUUAUCAUUAACGAAAGAUUUAUUGCGGAAAAGAGGCAUUUUGGGACUUUAUCAAGGUACUGGUGCAACAGCGCUUAGAGAUGUCACAUUUUCUAUUAUUUACUUCCCACUAUUCGCUAGACUGAACGAUGUUGGGCCAAAGAGAGAGGAUGGUUCCUCCGUAUUUUGGUGUUCGUUUUUGUCUGGCUGUAUCGCUGGUUCUAUAGCUGCAUUAUCAGUGAAUCCGUUUGACGUAGUCAAAACAAGAUUGCAAGUAAUCAAAAAGGCACCCGGUGAACCAACAUACGAUGGUGUACUGGACUGCAUAACUAAAACAUUGAAGAACGAAGGUCCAACUGCAUUCUUCAAAGGUGGAGCGUGCAGAAUGAUCGUGAUAGCACCCCUUUUCGGGAUUGCACAAACCAUUUACUACCUCGGCGUCGCAGAAUGGCUAUUGGGUCUUAAAUGAACAUCGCCCUCUUCUUCUUCUGUGUCGUCUUAGAAUACUCUGGGAUUAAACUGACAAUAACUGGCGCGUAAUAGAUGUAUGUUCGCUUAAUACGGUUCGCUAGUUGCUGAGUAAGUGAGUUGUUCUUUUCUUAAUUACUUGAGAACCUUGGUUAUCGGAUGCGCGCAAAAUGUAUUUAAUGUUUAUUUGAUAAAUUAUCGACGUACAGAA